GGCACUCUGGGUUUUUCCCCACAACUUUCCCUUUGUGGCGUUCGCCUCAAGUUGAGGACGGGUUCCACUCUGCAUUUAACUGCAGGCAGCACCUCGUUGCACCUCACGUGAGCCCGGCGUCAAAAAAAAACAUCUGUGCGAUUUCUGCGAGUUACUUAUUUCGCUCCACUUUUCCUGAACGCCACGCACCACCUCCGCCGCGCGAGCUCACAGUCGUCUCAACGUCGCCUUCCACUUGUUGCUACGCCGGAGUGUGUCGUGAACGCACUUCCAGCUCAGCCCCAGCCGGAUGGAUGUUACGCUACCACUCGGGCUACAGCUAACGCUAGCGCCGACGACGCGCGGCGCCUGAGUUCCACUUGCUUCCGCGAGUUCCGCCGUUUGCGGCGGUGGGAACGACGCCCCGUGUCGGCCGCCGGCGCGCGGGCGAACUUCUCUCGCGCCGCGUCCCUUUCUCACCUGCGGCCGUUAACGCAGGUGGGAAAUGUGGCUAGCUAGCGUUAGCAGCGUCGGCUCGGGGGCUCGUACAGUAACCAGCGCUCCCAGCGAGCCAGCGGCGGCACUUCUGUAACUCCAGAGGACAGUUCGUGGGCUCUUUGGGUGCGAGUUCCACCAAUGUAGUCGAACGGGAACGGGAAAAGCUGAUGCAGAACUCAGAGGGCGGUGCAGACACUACAACCAGCGUAGCAACGCUGCGGACCUCAUCAUCAGCUCCGGCCCCUGUGGUACAGCCUGUUCCAGCUUCUCAGCAGGUGCAGCCCGUCCAACACGUCUACCCAUCCCAGGUCCAAUAUGUAGGAGAGAGCGGAGACGCUGUUUAUACCAACGGAACCAUCCGAGCGGCCUAUUCCUACAACCCCGAGGCUCAGCUGUACGGCCAGUCUAGUGGGGGGACCUACUUCGACUCGCAGGCCAGUGGCACUCAUGUCACCACGGUGGUCUCCUCUGCCAGUGGCGGGGUGCCCCCUCAUGGCAUGGUGGGCAUCGCUAUGGACGUGGGCAGCAGCCACAUCAUCUCCAGCGGCAGCACCUAUCUGCUCCAUGGAGGAAACAUGGAAGGGAGCCGCAAUCACAUAUCGCACUCGUCACGCUCAUCCUCAGCUAUGCUUGAAAUGGCGAUUGAAAACCUCCAAAAGUCUGAAGGAAUUGCAAGUCACAAAAGCAGCCUGCUCAACAGCCAUCUUCAGUGGCUGCUGGACAACUAUGAGACAGCAGAGGGAGUAAGCCUGCCCCGGUGCUCCCUUUAUAACCAUUACUUAAGGCACUGUCAAGAACAGAAACUAGAUCCGGUCAACGCAGCCUCCUUCGGCAAACUCAUCCGCUCGGUUUUCAUGGGCCUGAGAACCCGCCGCCUCGGCACCAGAGGCAACUCUAAGUAUCAUUACUACGGCAUCCGUGUAAAGCCGGACUCCCCGCUGAACCGGCUGCAGGAGGACACCCAGUACAUGGCCAUGAGACAGCAGCCGGUCCACCAGAAACAGAGGUUCAAACCUCUACAGAAGGUGGAUGGCAUGUCGGACAGCCUGUGUGGCAGCUCUCAGCACUGUAACAGCACUCCAGAGCAGUCGGUGGCCGCUCAGAGCCAACACCACCAGCAGUACAUAGAUAUGUCCCACACCUUGCCGUCAUUUCCCUCUCCUGACUUGGGAACUCAGCCUCUGCCUGAGCGCAUUAACAUGAAUGAUAUCAAAAAGCUGCAGACGCUGUACAGAGACCACUGUGAGGCUACGUUGGAUGUGGUGAUGAACCUCCAGUUCCACUUUAUUGAGAAACUCUGGCAGACCUUUUGGUAUUCAACAUCGCCAUCUAGUGAUGGAAGCACGACCAUCCCUAACAGUGAUGAUGAUCUGGAAGGCGUGAUCCCCAGAGAGAAACUGAUGGCUCUUUGUAAAUAUGAACCAAUCAGAGUAUGGAUGAGGAGCUGUGAUCACAUCCUCUACCAGGCUCUAGUGGAGAUCCUCAUCCCUGAUGUCCUGCGUCCUGUACCCAGCACGCUCACUCAGGCCAUCCGUAACUUUGCUAAGAGUUUGGAAGGCUGGCUGACUAACGCCAUGACCAGCUUCCCUCAAGAGAUCAUCCGCACCAAGGUUGCUGUGGUCAGCGCCUUUGCCCAGACUCUGAGACGUUACACCAGUCUGAAUCACCUGGCCCAGGCAGCACGCGCCGUCCUCCAAAACACCUCCCAGAUCAACCAGAUGCUGUCAGAUCUCAACCGGGUGGACUUUGCCAACGUCCAGGAGCAGGCGUCGUGGGUGUGUCAGUGUGACGAGAGUGUGGUUCAGCGUCUGGAGCAGGACUUUAAAGUGACACUGCAGCAGCAGAGCUCUUUGGACCAGUGGGCGACCUGGCUCGACAACGUGGUCUCCCAAGUCCUGAAGCCUCACCAGGGCAGCCCGAGCUUCCCCAAAGCUGCACGCCAGUUCCUGCUUAAAUGGUCUUUCUACAGCUCCAUGGUGAUAAGAGAUCUGACUCUCCGCAGUGCAGCCAGCUUCGGCUCAUUCCACCUUAUCCGCCUUCUUUAUGACGAGUACAUGUUUUACCUGGUGGAGCAUCGUGUGGCUCAGGCCACAGGAGAAACUCCUAUCGCCGUCAUGGGAGAGUUCAGUGACCUGAGUUCCAUGAUGCCAUCACUAAUGGAAAAAGAUGCGUCCUUCUCGGACGAGAUGAGCGACCUGGGCAGUGAUGCCGAUGCAUCCAGGGGACCUAGUGAACCAGCAGUAAAGAGAGAGAGGGUUGAUAUGAGCCACCCUCUGCAGGAGAUGUGAGUCCACACUGGAAGUCGCUCGCUCCAUAGGUGAUCCUAAAGCGGCUCCUGGACCCAGCGUGCGUCUGCAGUCAGUGUGUGCAAUGUACAUAGAGAAGAGAGUAGCAUUAUCAGCCCUCCCCUCAUUAGCAUUUGGUAAAGACGUUGAUCUUUCUCCUGCACGUCUUAUUUUUUACUCACGGGCGUAACACAGGUCUGAGGUGGAUUUUAUUUGUUUUGUUGCAACUGUGAAUGACUUUGUGCAGUAUCAUUUUGUCGGAUGUGUAACUUUGAGUGGUGGUGUGUGGUGUUGUGAUUCUUACUCUUCAGAUCUGAACUAGCUGUGCCAUAGUGUCAUUUGAGUGCCUUAGAUUCCUAUCUUUAAACCACCACUACAGAUGUCUCUGUCCUCAGCUGUGCCUCUACCGCAGUAUGAAUGUAUUGUCUCCAAACCUCAGACAUUCAAAGCACCUUUUACAUUGAUGAGGUGAAGGUGCAUACUCCUUGUUGCCUCUGCUGCAGCCCGCAGCCACUUGGGGGGAAAAAAAAUCAUUCAUUUACUACAAACAUGCAGCCUAGUACCCAAAUACUUUUCCCUCAGUCAUUCCCACCAGCUUGGCCAUAGUUGUGACUGUUUGUCAGGCAGUAGGGCUUCAUAGUUUUGCAGUAAUCUGGAAGGCAGGGAAUAGUCUGUCACUUUGGCUGUGAAAGAAGCUGGUUUGUUUACCUCACUAGAUUUCUAUGCUGUGCUCCGUUUAGCUCAGAUGACAUGAGGCAAGUAUUAAAGAUGUAGCCACUGCAGUUCUUGUCCCGUUUUCUUUCAUGUAAAUAGUUCUUCACGUUCCUCCAGACGGUUUAAACCCAGCGAGCACUCGUGUCCGUGCUGUUAGGAUUCGUUCAAACAGCCCUAAAUCAAAAAGACCUGGAGGGUUACUCGGCUGUUGCACAAUUAGGAACAUAUCCAGAGCAGUCGUUUAAGGGCGAUGGGAUAUUUAAACCUCUCCUGGAACGUAGUGAGUGUCAUUUAGCCUUAUUUCCUUAUUCAGAUAAGUGGUUGUACAUUUCAUUUAUAAAGGAUAUUGAUACAAGUUAAAGCUUGAACCAAUGAAACCAAAAUCCUCACAAAAGAAUCUCAUUGGCAUCUGAGCCAGCACACGCUCCCCGACUCCAGAUACUUUGACCUCAUGCUGUUAGUCAGAUAAAGUCUUAUGUUUUGUUUGAAUUAGAUAGAAAGUACAGUGCAUUAUUUGGGGAAUUUGUCCAGAAUAAAUUAUAAAUAUAUCUAUAUCUCUAUAUAUAAAUAUAUAUAAUAUCCAUAUAAUGUAGAAGUGUGUGCUCUUUGGCUAAUUUCGCUCCUCACAUCGUUCUUGGUUGCUCUUGUAACAAAGACUGAUGUGUAAUUGAUUAGAUUGGUGUGUGAUACAUUUGUUUCCAAUCUCUGUUGUUCAGUGAAAUUCAUUUAUUCCCGUGGUGCUAUCUGCACCUGAGUAAGCUAUUAAACUGUCACAAGAGAAAUCUAUUUAUAGGAACUGUUCUGAUUUGACUGACAUCAGCUUUGUGUUGAAAUUGGUUGGGUUGAUUUAUUUUCCCUCCUUCCCUCAGAUGACUUUGUUGUAGCAAUGAAUCCUUGACUUAUUUAAGGCUUUUUGUAACUUGUGCCUGUCACAGUAAUUUGCCUUCAAGUGCUUUGGAAAACAAGUAAUUUCUAUGUGUACUUUGUAAUGUUUUGUAAGACUGUUUUAGAAUUUUGGCGGCGGAUUAUUUUUUAUUGAACUAGAUUUGGUUCUUCUUACGAGUAUACUGAACCCUUAUUUUUGUGUAUUUUUAAACCUGUUCUUGACUACACUUUACUAGCCUAAGGACAGAAGAUGGUCUGUAAUAAACAAUAGUUCAACUGUAUUUUGUACUUGGUCACAAUGUGUAAAUAAAUUGGUGGAAACCAA